GAUAUUCACAGUGACCAACCUGUUUUCAGCUGGUACCGAUACCACAGCGACUACACUGAGAUGGGGUUUGCUGCUUAUGGCUAAAUAUCCUCAUAUACAAGACCAGGUCCAGGAGGAGCUGAGCAGGGUAGUAGGAAGCCGUCAGAUCCAGGUCGAUGACCGGAAGAGCCUGCCGUACACCGAUGCUGUCAUCCAUGAGACACAGAGACUGGCCAGCAUUGUCCCCAUGGCCGUUCCUCACAAAACCAGCCGAGACGUCAUCUUCCAAGGCUUUUUCAUCAAAGAGGGGACUACUGUGUUUCCUCUUCUUACUUCUGUCCUUCAUGAUGAGAGCGAAUGGGAGAGCCCAAACUCUUUCAACCCUUCCCACUUCCUGGAUAAGGAGGGUCAAUUUAUCAGGAGGGAUGCUUUCAUGCCCUUUUCUGCAGGUCGCAGGGCGUGUCCUGGAGAAAGUCUGGCUAAGAUGGAGCUCUUCCUCUUCUUCACCUCCCUCCUCCAGCGCUUUUGUUUCACUCCUCCACCUGGAGUCCCAGAGGAAGAACUGGAUCUGACUCCGGCUGUGGGCUUCACCCUCAACCCUUCACCUCAUGAGCUGUGUGCCGUCAGUCGCCAAUGAGGAAGAGAGCUGUAGCAUGGCAUUAUACUGUAACUGUACGUGCCCAUGACAUGAAUACUGUUUAAGUCACCCUCACAGGUAGCAGAACAUACUGAGCAGCCAGAAAAGUACAUCUAUUUGUGUAAACAGUGGCAUAUAUUGGCUAACGAGCUAUCUCACUCUAAAUAAGUGCAUAUACGUCCGAAUUCCUACAGAUUGUUAAAACUGUAUACAAAUUACAAAAAAACACAGGCUAGACACGGCUUCAUUAGCCUAUAUAUUCCUGCUUCCAGGUCACUGUUGAUUAUUUUGACAAAACAAUGUACUUGGUUUUGUAGAAUUUGUCAUGGGUUUACUUUCUUAUAUUGCAUAAAUCACAUAUCAUGUAUUAGCCCACUGUAAAUAAAUCAAGGCUUGCCUCUUCCUAUGGCCGAUAGCCUACCCCAU